AUGUCAACGCUAGAAGACCUGUACGUGUCGUAUUGUCGCAGGAGAGGGUGCAAACCGAAUAGCUCCCUCUCUCAUUACUUGCAGGAGGAGUACGACCGCCAUGGCCAGCAACGUGUACUGGAAAGGAUUGAUCUCUCACAAAAUUACGUGGGAAAGAAAGGCAUCAUCCCUGUGCUGGAUCUCGUCAAGAAUGUGAAGACGGUGAGGAAGCUGAACACCAGUAAUAAUAUGCUGGAGCAUGAGCAGCUGGAUCACCUCGUCUAUUGCCUCGCCUUGCAUCCAUCAAUGGAAGAGGUAGACAUUUCGAACAAUUGCCUGCACGACGGAAGCCUCGACCACAUUCUAAAGUUGCUAGAGGCGAAUAGCAGCAUCACCCAUGUUGACGCCACCGGGAACGAUUUCACGCCUUCAUCACUCGCGCGAAUAGCCGAUAAGUUGGAAAAAAAUAAGAUACAAAAGGCUGAUCGGCAGAAGGAUGCGCCGCAUCCUGACACAGGGAAGUACUUCCGCGCACAAUUGCAGGCCUCACUGGAUAGAGAAACCUCCGGAGGCCACACGCACUUCUCCACCUGGUGGAAAAAUCCACAGUACAUCAUGCGCACGUCACGGAGGUCGCGAGUCCGCAUCGUCAUGGACGUCAGAGAUGCCAAGCCGGCGCGGCAGGCCGGGUUUCUCGUCUUCCACACGGACGGAAUACGGAAGGUGGUGGAAGCCAGCGCCGAUUGCGUCGCCGCGGAGAGCAGCGUCGAUCAUAGCCACUGCCAUGUCACAAUGGUGACCGAGGAGGACACGGUGUAUGCCAUCAUGCCGUACACGUUCUACCCUGAGCGUGCCAUGGACUUUACACUAACCGCCGAACUCUGCAACGACGACCCGACGGUGGCGGAUGGUUGGGUCACGCUGGAGGUGGUUGACCCCGAGCUGGAUUGGCUUGUGUACAGUGCGGACGGGGAGUGGACGAGCACCACUGCGGGUGGCUCUCCUGCGCACCACUCGUGGUGUCGCAACCCGAUGCUGCGGCUGCAGUACGCGGGAUCCACUCACGCGUAUCGCAUGGCAUCACCCGCCACUGUCAUGGUGAAGCUUAGCAAGAGUGUAGAUCCCGACACAAAUGAUGACAGACACAUUGGAUUUGAUGUAGUAACACUUGAUGCGGCAGGUAAUGACAAGCCACCAAUCAGUCGCAACGACGAGUAUGUGAAAUGUACUUGUCCCCAUGAACACUGCACAACUGUCAAUGCAUCUUUUGUGGUGCCGUGCGCUGCGCUUGAUUUGUUUGUUGUACCAAGCACGGAGAUGCCCGGUGAGUUGGGCUCAUACACUGUGACUGUAUUCUCCGCUGUACCCCUGACUCUGACGACUUCGGCGUUUCCCCACGGCUGGAACUACCGCGCCGUCACGGGGGUGUGGAACGAAUGUAACUGUGGUGGUAGUCGGGAGUACAGCAUGUCGUGGAAGUCCAAUCCCUCCGCGGCCCUCAGCUUUGACACGAGCCAGUCACCACCAGAUAUCACUGUUUUCAUGGAAAGCUCUCUGCCGCACACCACCCCCUCCACUGCCCAUGACAGCAGCACCCAGCCAAGCGCCGAGGAAUCAGAAAUGACUCUAACAGAGCUACAGGAAAAGAAGGAGCUUCAAGACUUUAUGCGUCGGCAUCAAGUGGACCAUAUGGAAGGGUGCGUGUCCAUCAUCGAAGCCAGUCCACCUUUCUACCGCGCACUGUACUCCUCAGAGUAUUCAGGCGGAUCUGUGGCUCACCUGGCAGUGCCUCGCGUGGAAGAAGAGUUCUACAUACUUGCCACGACACGCUACGCUGGUCAGUUGGGGGAUUUUACGCUUCACAUUUUUUCUUCUCACCCCUUCGUUGUGGACGGUGUCGAGACAUUGGCAUUGCGGGAACGCCAGUCACAAAUGAUGCAAUACGCUGAAGAGAACCAGGCCAGACAAGCGGUCAAAUCAAUGUCAACGGUGACUCGACGUGUGCCAGAAGAGGACGAGGAGAUGAUCGUCACACGCAACGAGAUUCUCCGUCGAUGUAUGACGACAGGUGAAAAGUAUGUAGAUCGAGACUUCCCUUGUGGUGGGUCCUCAUUAUGGUUGGACCCAGAGGCAAAGGCACCUUCAGAUUUUCCCAAGCAAAUUGUGUGGAGAAGGCCCACAGACCUGAACGAACGUGUCGUGUUUCUCCAGGACUGGAAAUGUGAUUGCCCCUUCCCAUACUCAAGGCGAGAUUGGUUUGCCUCAGUCACUCACGCGAUUGCCACAAAGCCUGAGUGGAUUCAGAUUCUGGCUGUUGGAUAUGACGUAAUGAAAGGGAUGGCCCAGUUUCGCUUCUUCAAGGAUGGAAAGUGGACAGUGGUCACCAUCGACGACAAUCUUCCCUCCGACAGCACCACAGAGCUUUGCAUGGGGCGACCAGCAACAGACAAAGCUGAUUUCUUUUUUCCACUCUUGGAGAAGGCCUACGCGAAGCUGCACCGUUGCUACGAGGCUUUGGAGCGAAAGGUAACGCCAGAGUUGGGUGUUGUAGAGGUGAUGUGUCAAGGCCUUAUGGACCUUUCAGGUUUUAUGACUGUUAGCUAUCCCCUGAGCGGUAGCAAUAAGCUAGUCCAGGAGGAGCAGGACAAAAUCUGGAUGAAGCUAAAGAACGCUGUUAAGCCUGAUGUACUUUUCAGUUUACUGCUUCUAGGUGAAAGCAGUGGGGCGACUGAACGGGGUGGAUUGGGGAUAUUGAGUGAUCACCUGUAUCCUGUACUGGACGCACGCUUCAUUGAAGGUCAGCGGUUAGUCAAGCUGCGCCAUUGGGGACAAACAGCAGAGAUACAAUGGUGCGGGAAGUGGCGACCAAACAGCAAAAAUUGGACUGGCACACUCCGGGAGAUCCUUCAAUUCAAAGAAGAGGAUAAGGAAACCUUUUGGUUGAGCUUUGAUGAGGUCUUGUUCUAUUUCACUAAUCUCAUCAUGACGGCGGGAACGUCAAGCAGCUGCUGGGUAUCGGCAGAUUUCUCUAAUUCUCCAAAAUGCUCUGAAGGACGACUUUCUUGUGGAUCUCAAUUCUCUCUGCAGCUCGGUGAUUUUCCACCGGAUGUGAAAAAGCUGCAGAUUACACUGGGCCUCCAUCAGCUGGAUCCACGGGCAAGGGUCUUGCGCCACAAGGGAGCGUUAGCGACAUACCGCACGGCUAUUGGAAUGGCUGUUGUGGCAACCGAAGACAACACAGUCUGGUUGAAGGAACUUCAGGAAAAUGGUGUGGUACGACGUGUAGAACCAUGCAAACGCCGAGAUACCUUCUGCCCCUUAAUGAUUGAUAUUGAAAAUGUCGUUGGAAAGAAACGUUUGACACUCAUUGCAUUCAAGGAAGACCAAAGAGCUCCAAACGUCACUUGUCUUUUGUCAGCAUGGUCGGAGAGCUGCAGCGUUGCACUCGUACCGAUGGAGCGAGACACUAGAAUAACCGUGGAUGGUGAGUGGCCAAGUGGUUUCCCCAUCGGACCCCCUUUUUCGUCCUCUUGGCGAAAUUGCCCGCAGUACUUUGUUUUUCCGAGUCAAUCGACAGAUGUCUCUCUCUUCCUUCGCCAGGAGGUGCCGGUUGGUCAGCCCCCGAAGCCCAUUGGUUUUACUGUUCACCGUGCCACGGCAUGUCGUAGUUACCUUGAGUAUGACCCAGAAACGGUAAUUCUGCUCGUGAAGGCUGAAGCAUCUCCCUUUGUCGGAGGGACGGUGCGACUCUUUGGUAUGAAGGAAAGAAGAGGGAUGCCGUAUAUUAUUGUGCCGUUCUGCACGGACCCCGUUCCUGGAGGAAAGUUUCACAUUGAGACUGUUGCGAACCGUUCGUUGAAGCUCUGCCGCAUAGACCCGAGGCUUGAUUGGUGUCGUGAAAGACAAAAUGCGUCCUUCUCGUUGGCUGAUGGAAGUGUUGGUGGGUCGCCGCGUUUCUCGUCGUGGCGCAGUAGCCCGCAAUUUGCCCUUACAUUUCCUUUGGGGGGUCAGGGGCGGGUUUUCAUUGCCACCACAAACGAUAACGCGAAUGACACACUGACAGAGAUAGGAAUGCUACUGGUUCAAGGAGACAACCAGUGGGAGAAUGGACAGCGACGGAAGUUAGUCAUUUCCCCCGAGGACAUUAUUGCUCGCUCUGAGGAAAAGAUUGGUGAAGUGUCGAUUGAUUGUCAGGUCGAUGUGCUUCCAGGAUGCAGUCUCGUUCUCAUCGUGUACGCCAGCAUGCCAUACCGAGAGGCUGACGUGACGGUUGACUUUUUUUCUGCAUCUGCAAUGGAAGUGAGUCGUGUGAAGGAGUGGCAGCAGGUCGCAAUGGUGGAGGGUAGCUGGGAGCUCGGCUACACAGCUGGUGGUGGAGCAGAGGCAUUUGGCAACUGGAUCAACAACCCGUUCUUCGCAUUGAACACAUUUCGUCAGACGCAAAUUGUGGCACUUCUGCUGCAGUAUCCCCGUGGGCCUGAAAAGCCGAUUGUGAAGAGGGCAGGAAAGAAAAAGGCGUUAUUGCCUCCCAUCAUAAUCAAUCCAAACAACAGAAUGGAGAUUGCUGUUGAUUUAAACGCUCAGGACAGUGAACUGACACCCAUCGCCACUACUCCCUACACCCGGAACAGUGAAGUGACGCUGGUUGCGUCUGUACCUUCCGCGGAUUCACUUCCUUUCGUGUUUGUCCCCCACACCAAGUUUCCUGAAGGGAAUGGCGAUUUCAAGCUCUUCGUGUACGCUGAUUCUAUGAUCGAGUUGAACCCCCUCUCUAAAGAACGCAUACCUUACGUGUGA